AUGAAAAAUAGUAAAUAUCAAGGAUUUGAAUUAUUACCAGAUUCUUUAAUGCUUGAGAAAAAAAAGCAAGCAUUAAGAAAAGUGAGAAAGAAAAAUUCAUCGGUACCGUUUUUAGAAGAAACGGAGAAUCAUAAAAAAUCACACAAAGAUUAUGAUUCUGAUACUUUUGAUGAUUUGCCUUUUGUUGUUCCUUCAAAGAGAAUUGUCAUAGAGUGGCCAGUGGACCUUCUAAAAAGUUUAACAGCUGUAAGUUUUGAGAAUGUCCACUCUAAGUAUGAUUUGGAAGAAAUUCAAAUUUUUAAAAUAGCUUCCAGUACUGCAAAAGAGGAACAGAAACAAGAACAGGAACACGAUCACGAGCACGACUACGAACACGAACACGAACACAAACACAAUCACAAACAUGAUCACGAACAGGAACGUGAUCACGAACAAGAACAUGAUCAUGAUCAGGAUCGGGAUCAGGAUCAGGAUCAGGAUCACGAACAAGAACACGAACACGAACACGAACACAAUCACCAGCAACAGCAACAGAGCCGAAGCCAGAAACAAGCCCUGACCCUGGGAGUGGAGAAAACAAUCAGCCUUGAAGAACCAGCAACAAUGAGUAUCAGGCUGAUGUCCAUGCAAAUCUACAUGAUGGGAGGAUAUGCAAAGAAGUAUUUUUACAAUCAAAAAGAAAGAUCUUACAGUAUAAGAGUUGAAAUUAAAAAGAAUCAAGAAAGUCAACCAAUUAAAGUGAUUAAUAUACUAGAGAAAGAUGAUAUGCACUAUUAUCCCUAUAGCAAUAACAUUCUUUCAUCAUUUCAAAAUAAUCACCAGUACCAUAGAUUCAUAUUAUCACAAAUUAAUGCAAAUAAAAGAAUGUUUCGGCUCAAUACUCAACAAUAUAAAGUUCAAAUAUUUAAAUUCCUGAAUUUCAAGAUUCUUAUUGAGCGUGAUGACAAAAUACAUCUUAAUUUAAAGUCAUUCUUACCAAUAAAUUUCGGAGAUCAUAACUCAAAACAAGAGUAUGAUCACCAAUCUAAAAAAGCCACAUUACUCAUCACAAAACAAAAUCUCUCCAAAUUAACAAAAGAUGGGGGUUUCCAAAUACUUUUAGAACUUAGAGAUUGUAUUCAUCAUUCCCAAAAGAACGUUACCACCCCCAUACCGGAAUCUACACGCUUUUGUUCAUCCCAAAAUUAUAAUAAUCUUGAUACCUGUACUGGGUAUAUUCUUUUAUCCAUCCAAAAGGUAUAA